AUGGUUAGUUUAGCAGUUAGCAGUAAGUGCAAUGGAAAUGAAAUUAACCCUCAUAUUCCUCAGUUUAUGUCAUCAGCACCUUGGUAUCUUAACGCUGAAAGACCUGGUUUGAAGCAUCAACGGAAGUGGAAAUCCGAUCCCAAUUAUACCAAAUCUUGGUACGAUAGAGGCGCGAAGAUACUUAUUAAUUGAUCGAGUUGAACACAAAGGCAUGAAUCAUGGAAGUUUAUUGUUUGUUGUAGCUGUGGAGCCAUGACACAUGAUGCAAAAUCAUGCAUAGAGAGGCCUCGUAAAAAGCGUGCAAAAUGGACGAACAUGCACAUUGCACCCGAUGAGAAGAUGGAGACUUUCGAACUGGAUUAUGAUGGCAAGCGUGAUAGAUGGAAUGGUUAUGAUCCAUCUACGUACGCUUGCCUCAUUGAAAGGUAUGAGACAAGGGAUGAGGCUAGAAGGAAGUAUCUGAAAGAACAGCAGCUGAAAAAGUUGGAGGAGAAAAAUUGUAAAAUCGAGGGAGAGGGAGGAGAGGUUAGUGACGAAGGUGAUGCUCUGAAGCUCGUUGAGAGCAAACAAAUGGAGCUGUCUAAGGUCGAAAGACGUGUUCGUACCACUGGCGGAGGAAGCACGGGAUCUGUCAGGAAUUUACGCAUACGAGAGGAUAUUGCAAAAUAUCUUUUUAAUCUUGAUUGCAAUUCCGCUUAUUAUGAUCCUAAAUCUCGAUCGUUGCGUGAAGAUCCUCUUCCUGACACUGAUUCGUGA